AUGAGUAGAGAAAAUGUGGAGUUAUUUAUAAAAAUUGAUGAUGGUGUGCAUACUUCAAUGAAAAUGAAAAUUAUGAUAAUAUUCUCGAUGAAAUUGCUGAAAGAAGUCUGCAAAAUGAAGAGAGCGAUGACGAUGACAAUGUUCAGCCGGUCAAAAUUACUACAAGAGAAGCAGAAAAGUGCAUUGAUCAGCUUAGACUAUAUUUUAUGCAAAAUGAAAAAGGAAAUACACCAACAACUUCGCUAG